AUGUCGAAUUUCACUCCAUUCCUAUCUCUUUCCGACAAGAGACAACCUAUCGAUGACUCUUUCUCCUGGUCCAAAUUGAUCCACCAGCGUGAAAAAAUCGAGGAUGUCUCAUUUGUUCCACUCGACGUGCUUGCAUCUCCAUUCAAACAGGACUUUCGGAAUUCGAUUAAUUUGGGAUACUGGUUCAUGACACGCAACCACGAGUAUGAUUCUCUCUACCGAAACAAAAGAAAAGAUAUUCGAUGGAUUGCUGAGGUUGAAGAUAUGUGUGGCCUCUACGUACUUGGAAAGAUGGUCUGGACUUUGGAUGUGAGAUUCUGGGUCAAUAUUCUCUCCAGCACGGUUUACAGCCAAGACAACAUGCACCUGGAACCGAAUAUGGAAGGGAGGGUCCUCUUUCUCCCACCAUUUUCUGUAGAAGAAUACAGUAACAAUAGUUUCGCCUUCAGGAGAUCAAUUCUCGAGGAAGCUGCCAACCACCCAUCUUUUCGUGCGGAUUUUAAUCAAAAGAAGGAAAAAUUGGAGGACACCGAAUUCUUCGUGGGACAGAGAAUGGAGCUUCUCGACAAUGCUUACAGUAGUCAAAUGCAUGUCGCACGCAUCCAGGAGAUCAGAGGAAGAAGGUGGCGCGUGAAGAUCCAACAAGAGGACUGUCCGACUGACCUAGACAACAUGCUCAACGAGAGUCAAACCGAGAAGGAUGGAGAAUUUUGGGUGGACGAAGAAAGUGUAUUCGUCUUUCCCGUUGGAUUCGCGGCCAUCAACGGCUACAAAAUCAUCGCCCAGGAUGAAUAUUUGAGACACACACAGAAGAUUCGAGAUGCUAUCAAAGCCCACCAACCUCCAGCCUACGAUCCAGAGGAUAUUCAAGAGACGAUGCUUCGCAGGGAAGCAAUUCCGAAAAAUCUCUGGAGUAGGAUUGAAGAAGGCCAAAAGUUGGAGUUCCUCGACCCUCUUGACGCCAAACAGAACGAACUGACUGUGGCCACGGUUCGUAAAGUCUGCACUACUCAUGGAUACGUCAUUGUGAGCGCUGAUGGAUCUGAUGAGGAAACAGUCCCUAUUCACGUGAUGAGUGGAUACAUUUUCCCUGUGGGAUAUGCCGAGAAAUAUGGGAUGGCACUGAAGAAACCGCUGAACUUCAAAGGAAACUUUGCAUGGAGUACGUACUUGACUCGAAAAGGAGCGGUUUGCAUUCCAGAAGAUCUUACCAAACCCAUGCCAUCUCAAGAUAGGUUGGAACAGUUUGAGAUCGGAGCUUACUUGGAAGCAGCGGAUAUGAAUGACAAUAGGAGCAUUUAUCCAGCACGUAUUGUCUCCCUUCACGGCAGACUCGUCAUGGUGUCUUAUGAAGGCUACGAGAGCAGCGACAAUGCUUAUUUUGACAUUGACUCGCACAGCUUGUUCCCAAUUGGCUUCUCUGAAAUCUGUAACUUCAAGCUCCAGCGUCCAAAUGUAGAAUAA